AUGGGGAUGGAAGACUUAAUGGCCACUGCACUCUAUUUACAUAUUUGCGUGUUCCCAGUUGCAGCCUUCGUCAACUAUUACGCGUAUGCUUUGAAACUAGGACGUUGCAUAUUAUAUACUACAAUGAAUAAUAGUAAUAAUAUAACAGAAAAAUCUUCCAGCCACCUUAAGGGACCACCUAUGUCACUUGCAGAAUCAAAAACAAAUGGAUAUAUUACAACAACUGAAAUUGUAUCUUUGAAAUGGAUCAGUCAAAGCUCUGAUAGUAUGAAACAAAGCGACAAAAACAUUUUUUUCCAUCUCAAAAACGAAAGUUCUAUUCCGAAGAAGAGAUCCAAAAGAAGAGCUUUAUUUACAAAGAAUAACACCAAUGUAAAUGAUGUUCUUUCACAAUACAAGGAUAGAGAAAUUUUGAAAGCAAGAGAAAUAAUAGCAAAUCACAAGACGUUGUGUAAUAAUGAAAACAAAUCUGACAUAUGCAAAGAUCUUGUAACGAAAAUAAGAAGUCUAAGAAAUACUAAUGUACACACUGAAAAAAGUAUUAAAAAUUUUAGAGAAUUAGAAAAAGGAGUGUUGACUUUCCAAAAUAUAGAUUCUACAGAACUAUCAAAGAGAGAAACUCAUGCCGCAGAUGUUCAAGUACCAAAAUUUUCUGUUAAUAACGUAGCUGAACCUAUGGCAAGGGAUCCAUAUGCAAAUUUAUAUCCCAGUCAAAGUUAUGCCGUCAACAGUUACUCGCCUCACCCCCGUCCCCCACUGGCUCCACCUCCAUUAUCUGAAACGUGUUUACUAGCACGUUUAUUAAAAGAUAAUCAAGCACAUUAUAAAGGCUUGUAUAAUGUUCCGUCAGAAGAAUACCACUAUCCAUAUGCACAUGGGCAUCCUUCGUCGCCUUACAAUAGAUACCCGCCUUUACCUUCUUCGAAUCUUUAUCAUCAAGGACGAGAUGUGGAGCCUCAGGUACAUAAUGUACACCCACAAGAUGUUGAAAUUUUGAGUCGAUUUCUGGAUGAAAAAAAGGAGCUAGAUAAAGUGACGUCAAAGCAAAUACCUACGACUCGGGAAGCGCAAUGUCCUCAGGGUUCAAUGUCCUGUGACGACGGGGGCGACUGCAUUACCGAGGGACAGUGGUGCGAUGGAAACGUGGACUGUGCCGAUGUCAGCGACGAGGCCAAGUGUACCUGCAGGUCGAGAGUGGAUAAAUCUAGACUCUGUGAUGGAUAUUUUGACUGUCCUUUUGGCGAAGACGAAAUGGGAUGCAAUGGUUGUAGUGAAAACACCUUCAGCUGUGAAGAUGUAGACAUAAAUUCUCGUAGUACUUGUUUCACAAAAGAACAAAGAUGUAACAAUAUAAUCGACUGUCCAAAUCAUAGAGAUGAGUUCGAAUGCAACAGUUUAUCUCCGAGCCUGCACAAAAAACCUCUUUUUGCAAUUUCUAACACAGAAGGCUUUUUGCACAGAAAUUUCAGAGGCGAUUGGUAUGCCGUGUGUAAAAAUCCAUAUAUGUGGGCCCAUGAUGCCUGUCGCCGUGAAACAGGACUUAUAAUCAGGCCCCCAUUCAUACAAGUUGUUCCUAUAGAUCCUAUGUUGAAUGUUAAUUACUUGAACACUGGGCCAGGAGGAUUCAUACACACCAGUAAUACUUGCUUCAAUUCUUCUGCAAUCUAUGUCACCUGCCCUGACCUUCUGUGUGGAACUAGAAUGUUGUCCACGUCGCAAUUGCUAAGAGAGAAUACUGCUAUUGAAAAUAGACUUUUUGGUCGAAAUAAACGAUUUCUUAACCGUUACCCGUACGAUAUAUUUAAUGGUAACCGUCGAAGGCAUAAACCGAAAUAUAAUGUGGAGGGUGAAAGGAAAAUGAAUUUGGAUGACGUACGAAAUAAAAGGGCCGAGAGUAGAGUCGUGGGCGGCAAGCCCAGCCAACCAGCGGCCUGGCCUUGGGUGGCGGCCAUGUACAGGAAUGGGAUGUUCCAUUGCGGUGGAGUAAUUAUCACCCAGGAUUGGAUCAUAUCAGCCGCUCAUUGUGUCCACGAAUUCUGGAAGCAUUACUACGAAAUACAAGUCGGAAUGCUGCGACGAUUUUCAUUUUCGCCCCAAGAACAAAAUCACCCGGUUUCGCACGUCAUCGUCAACCAUAAGUACAGUCAGUCGGAUAUGAAGAAUGAUCUUUCAUUACUGAAGGUCAAGUCAGCAAUACAAUUCAGUCGAUGGGUGCGCCCGAUAUGUUUACCUGGCCCUGAAACCGCGGGUGCUGACUGGAUUUGGGGUCCAACGCCUGGUACAAUGUGCACGGCCGUCGGAUGGGGAGCUACUGUGGAACACGGUCCUGAUCCUGAUCACAUGAGAGAAGUAGAACUACCAAUUUGGUCUGACUGCAAACACACGGAAGAUAGAGAGGGCAAAGAAAUAUGUGCAGGACCCGUCGAGGGUGGUAAAGAUGCAUGUCAAGGAGACAGUGGAGGCCCGCUUUUAUGUAGAAAUCCUUCUAAUUCUCAACAAUGGUUUGUAGCAGGAAUUGUAAGUCACGGAGACGGCUGUGCUAGGAAAGGAGAACCUGGGGUUUAUACUAGAGUCAGUAUAUACGUAAAGUGGAUAAGACAUCACAUUUCUUCUAGUUCGUUACCAACGAUACAACCAAAACAAGUAUGUCCUGGCUUCAAAUGUAAAUCAGGCAUUUUUAAAUGUCUCCCUGAUAAACGAGUUUGUGAUAAAAUUGUCGAUUGUCUCGAUGGAGAGGAUGAACGCAACUGUAGUGAUGUGAGAUCAUUUGAUGAAAUGUUUCUGAGUAGAGCAAACAAUGAUAAACCUUUAAAUGUCUCUGAUAAACCUCCAAAAUUAGUGACAAAUAAACUUAAUGAAAAUAAAAAGUCUGAAAAAAUUAACGCAACAAUAAAACUUCUAAAAGAUUUCGAAGAUAAUUUUAAACAUGCAUCAACACUUGAAUUGUCAAUAUCUAAAAGUUCAGAAUUUGAACCUAGUGACACAUUUGAAGACAAAAUAACUACAGAUUCUAGUGAAUCAUUCGUAAGCAAUGGACUCAACAAUGAUCCCAACGAAGAAAAUGUAUUCGCCAAAACGUUUUCAAGAGAAGCAUUAGAACCCAUGUCGUCUGUUUUAGAAAGUAAUCAAAGAGAGAGUACAAAAGCUGGUAGAGGUGACUUAAAAGAAUUGGACACCGAGGAAGAAGGAUCAACAAGUACGCAAAUUAUAGAAAUUUCUACUACAACUACCGAAGAAACUACCUUUAAUACAGAAUCAACAACGAAUAUUCCUGUUGAAGAAAUAAGUUUACCCACUUUAACGCCCCAAGACAAUAUUUCUAUUGGGAAUAAUACUGAAAAAAUUAAAGAUGAGUUCUCAAACAGCACUAGUGAUCCAGACAAAAUAGAAUCAAAAUCAUUGUUUGUAGAGCUUCUUUCUACUUCACGUCCGGAAACUCAAGAUGAAGAUAGUAAAAACUUGAAUUUAGACGAGCUUAAACUCAUAAAUGAAAAAAAAAUAAACAAGUCUAAGAAACUUCCUGAUUUUAAUGAUAAGAAUGACAUAAUUCAUAAAAUAGAGGACCUAGUUUUAUCUGAGCUACAGCCUGCUAAAACUAGAAAAAAGCACCUUAUUCCUAAAGAAUUCGAGUGUCAGCACAUAGCGCAAAUCAUUCCACAUAAAUUUCGAUGUGAUCACAAAGCUGACUGUGAAGAUAGCACUGAUGAACUUGACUGCACCUGUACAGAUUAUUUAACAACUUUUGAUAAAAAUUUGAUUUGUGAUGGAGUAUUUGACUGUGCAGACGGGCAAGACGAAAUCGAUUGCUAUAGUUGUACAGAAGAUCGUUUUCUCUGUGAAAAAAGCCAAAUUUGUCUACCUUCUAAAUAUAUUUGCGAUGGUAAACCUCAGUGUCCACAAGGAGAAGACGAAUUAAACUGUUUUGCUCUUUCAAACGGAAUGGACUUAACAUAUGAAGUUGAUGGUAAACCGAAAAUACACAUAGAAGGAUUCCUAACCAAAAAAUACAAAAGCGAUUGGCAUGUAGUAUGCGAAGACAUGAUUUCUACAGAACAACAAGAGCAGGCUGCUGAUCAUAUUUGUAGAUAUUUAGGAUUUAGCUCAGCAAAUAGAUAUAUGGUAAAAAAUAUAAAUAUAAAAAAUGAGAAGCUAUUUAAAACUAACUCAAAAACAAGAAGAGAUGCACUAGAUGUACCAGUUCAUUUUGCAUACAAAACUCAAAUUGAAAAUGAUCAUGAAAGGCAUGUAAUUAUCAAAGAUCCUCAGAUAAUCAAGGAAGACUGUGUACCCAAUAUAACCAAGACAUGCAUGUCUUUAUAUGUAUAUUGUGAUCGAUCACUAUUUGAUGAUAAUUUAUUUCAAGAGUUGUACGGUCGUGACGCUACGUCUCUCAUCGAUAGACCGUGGUCAUGGAUAGCAAAGGUUUAUGUCGAAGGAGAUUAUAAAUGCUCAGGUGUUCUUGUAGAUGAUUCUUUAGUUUUAGUUGGACAGUCGUGCCUCUGGGAUUUAUUGUUAGAUAAACAGCAUACAGUAGUUGUGCUCGGAUCACAUAGAAGUAUCAACGCAACACGUGGACCCUAUGAACAAACAAUCGAAGUGGUAGGCAAAACGGAGCUGUACAGCAGCAAGUCUAUUCUUUUACAUCUCAAAGAACCUGCGGUGUAUUCUUCUAUGGUUAAACCUAUGGUGGUUACAUCCUCAAAUAGUGCUCCUAAUCAUUCAAUAUGUGUGGCAGUCGGUCAAAAUGAAAGGAAUUUCUCUGUUAGUAUGUUUUUAAGUGAAUCCGAAGAAAAUUGUUCCAUUCACAAUAUGUGCUUUGAAAGCCUAAUGAAGAAUAAAUUAUGCCAUAGAGGGAUGUCGACACAUCGCCCUUGGUCGGGUAUCAUAAGUUGUCACGAUGAGAACGGCUGGCACCCCGUAGCUUCAUUUGUCGAUAGCAGAGGAGAAUGCGGUGCCGGAAAUCAAAUAGUCGCAACAGAGAUAGUUCAUCUUAGAAGCAUAAUAAGAUCAGCUGAAAAGAAAGUUAUCAUUGAACAUCAUGAAGAAUCUACAGUUGCCUGUGACGGAGUACGGUGCGGUCGAGGUCGUUGCAUUAAUUUGUUGCAAGUCUGUAACGGUGUGCAUGACUGCGAGGAUGGAAAUGACGAAUCAGUAGGAGCUUGCGAGAAGAAAACAGAAAUGUGUGAGAAAGACCCACAUCAAAGGGGGUGUGAAUGUUCGUCUAAUCAAUUGAGGUGUCACAAUGGAAAAUGCGUAUCCAAACAACUUUUUAAUAAUGGGAACGAUGAUUGUGGUGAUGGUACAGACGAACCGGAUCAUUUAUUAUGUUCGCGAUACUUAGCCAGAGUCAUGCCGUCUGGACUUUGUGAUGGAGUGCUCAACUGUGAGGACAGAAGUGACGAAGAUCCAAUGUUCUGCAAAUGCUAUGCAGAAAAAACAUACCAAUGUGGAAAGACUAGUGAUGUGAAUCACUGUGUGGCACUAGAUGUGGUUUGCGAUGGUGUUAGAGAUUGUCCGAAUGGAGAAGACGAAUCAACUUGUAUUGGUCUAAAAGGGCCUAAUGGCGCUCCAUCUGGUACCGGCCAAGUCAUUAUCCGUUCACAUGGCAUUUGGCACACUAAAUGUUAUCCUACUGAAAACCACACCAGAGCGGAACUCGAGUCUAUAUGCUAUGAGCUCGGAUUUCUGAGUGGGCACGCCAAAGAAAUUAAGUCUCUCGCCAAAGUAAUACCGCCUAUGGAUAACAUCGUUUUACUAAACCCCUUCAGCGAUAUUACUCUGAAUAACAUGACUAAACUCAAACUAAGAAAUACCCAAGAGCCUCUUGCCAAAGGAUUCUUUGACAAGUCUCUAGAACACUGUCACCCAGUUUAUAUAGAAUGUCUGUAA